AUGGUUUGCGGAGGGUUUACUUGCUCGAAAAAUGCUCUUUGCGCACUGAAUAUUGUCUAUGUGAUGGUGAGUCUUCUCAUGAUUGGAGUUGCAGCAUGGGGUAAAUGGUUUGGGCUGGUCUCAAGUUUCAAAGUGGUGGCUGCAGUGAUUGGAGUGGGUAUCUUCCUGUUUUUUGUGGCCAUCUUGGGACUGUGCAGUGCCUUGAAGCAUCACCAAGUCCUUCUGUUCUUUUAUAUGAUCAUCCUUUCCCUGCUGUUUAUUGUGGAGUUCUCAAUCGCCUGUGCAUCCCUGGCUAUCAAUAGAGAACAACAGAAGCAGCUUUUAGAGGCAGGAUGGGACAAGUCAGAGGUGACACAGAAAGACGUGCAGAGGACUCUGAACUGCUGUGGAUUCUCUCACUUCGAUAAAAACAUGACAUGUGAUGCCGCAUGUUUCAAAGCCCAAGACUGUCAACCAUGUGCAGACAAAAUUGAGAGCUAUGCUGACGACGCCCUGAGGUUUGUGGGGGGAAUAAGCCUCUUCUUCAGUUUCACAGAGUUACUCGGCGUGUGGCUAACACACAGGUACAGGAAUCAGAAGGAUCCUCGGUCAAACCCUGGCGCUUUCAUUUAA